AUGACGUUCACCUCUCCGAUUCUGGAACCAUCAACAACAACCUUACCAAGCACAUCCAAAUGGUAUAAAGGUAAAGAAAAACCUUCUAAGAGUCGUCAAUCGAAACGGCAUCUCAAACGUUCAAUACAUAAAAAUCCCUCUUCUUUAAAGCCUUUUGCAUUAUCUCAUACUACUACUCUAUCACCUAGGACGUCUCAUGAUCCACCUUGUGUUGGGAUAUCUCUUGUUGCACGCCGUCUUAGGUCAUCUCGUGCCGCACCUCCUCAUGUGACAUCUCAUAUUCCACCUCCUCCUAAGGCAUCUCGUGUUGCACCUGCUCAUAAUACAUCUCAAGUUCCACUUCCUCCUAAGUCAUCUCGUGUUGCACUGGCUCAUAAUACAUCUCAAGUUGCGCCUCCUCCUAAGGCAUUUCAUGUUGCACAUGUUCAUAAUUCAUCUCAUGCUGCACCUUCUAGUACAUCUCAUGCUGCACCAUCUGUCAGGACAUUUCAUGCUACACCUCCUUCUAGUACAUCUCGCGUUGCACCUUCUAGGACAUCUCAUGUCACACUUUCUCAUGUUGCACCUCCUCUUAAGGCAUCUGCUACUGCCCCAUCACAUAGGACAUCUCAUGUUACACGUCUACCUAGGACAUCUCCUGUCACACCACCCUCAACAAGAGGGGUAGAAUCACCAUCUAAUUCACAACCAUCUCAUUCCGAAGGAGCACACACCCCAGGAUCUGGUGAAACUAUUGUUGCAUCUGAGACACAAAGCAAUGGUGGCAAGAAAACUUUAUACCUUGAUGGACAAGGAUUUUUGCCUUCGCAUCCUGCGGCUAAUGGGAUCGGAGAUAUCAUUAGGACUAAUUUUACUGAGCUAUGGCCCUCAUGGAAAAAGAUACACGUUGAUACAAGAGACUUGUGGUUUGCGGAAUUUAAGAAACAAUUUUCAUUUUGUCCACCGGAUGAUGUGUGGGCUAGAAAGAACUUUGAAAGACGAGGUGCAACAGUAUUGAAAAACAAUCUAAACAAGGUCCGUAGCCAAAUGAAUAGGCCGACAUGGAUACGUCCAGCUUUGUGGAGUACAUUUUGUGAUCAUUGGGGAACUCGUGAAUUUAAAAAGAAGAGCAUACAAGCAAAAAAAAAAAUCGAGCAUCUGACCGUGGAGGUUUUGGAGGGUCCUUUCACACCUGUGGCUCAAUCACCACAUCCCAACAUAGAGCUAAUAUGACGGAAUUGAAUGGCACCCCUCCCAAUCCUUCAGAUUUGUUUCUUUAC